ACAAGAGACAAAAUCAGUGAGAAAAAAAGUUGAAAGUGCACGUGUUUUGCUUUGAAAUACGCUGGUUUUCUAAUUAUUUUGAUAACUUUAUUUAGAUAAAUUUUACAAAACUGUAAUUUUAGAAUUAUGUUGUCUUUUAGACGAAUAAUUCGUUCGUAUUGUUUAGUAAACAAAGCAAAUACGAUAGAACGAUGUGUGACAUCGAUUUUCUCCUCCAGCGAAAUCGUGCGACUCAAAUCAACACGCCAAAAAGCUGAGCUGAAACGCCGACUAAAGGCGGAACAAAAGGCCAAGGAGAAGGAAGAGAAAGAUAAACAGGCGGCGGCCACCGGAGAUUCCGGUGCAGUUGCCAAGCCCAAAGCCGAAGCCAAACUGAACGAGGAGGAAAUUUCACCGAACGAGUAUUUCAAGUUGCGGAGUACCGCCGUGGCGGAGUUGAAAAAGUCGGAGCAAACCCAUCCGUACCCGCACAAGUUCCACGUGAGCAGCUCGUUGGAGUCGUUCAUCGAAAAGUACAGCCAGCUAAAGGAUGGCGAUAUGCUGGAGCAGGAGUCGCUUUCGGUGGCCGGAAGAAUUCACGCCAUUCGGGAGUCGGGUGGAAAGUUGAUUUUCUACGAUCUGCGCGGUGAAGGCGUCAAGCUGCAAGUAAUGGCCAACGCUAAGCUGUACGAGAGUGAGGCUGCUUUUGUAGAAGACACAUCUCGUCUUCGACGUGGAGAUAUAGUCGGCGUCCAGGGUUAUCCUGGAAAGACUAAAAAGGGCGAGCUCUCUGUUAUCCCUAAAAAAUUGAAACUGCUGUCACCUUGCUUGCACAUGCUGCCUCACUUGCAUUACGGACUAAAAGAUAAGGAAACGCGCUUCCGCCAGCGAUAUUUGGAUCUCAUUCUGAACAGCAACGUGCGCAAUAUUUUCCAGGUACGCGCCAAAAUCAUCAGCUACGUGCGACAGUUCUUGGAUGGUAUGGGUUUCCUUGAGGUGGAAACGCCCAUGAUGAAUAUGAUUGCCGGAGGGGCGACCGCUAAGCCUUUCGUUACGCACCACAACGAUUUGAACAUGAAUCUGUUCCUAAGAAUUGCCCCGGAGCUUUACUUGAAGAUGUUGACCGUAGGCGGGCUGGAUCGUGUCUAUGAAAUUGGUCGCCAGUUUCGUAACGAGGGCAUCGAUUUGACUCACAACCCGGAAUUCACGACAUGUGAAUUCUAUAUGGCUUAUGCCGACUAUAACGAUGUGAUUGAACUCACUGAAAAGAUGGUCUCUGGCAUGGUCAAGAGCAUCCACGGUUCCUACAAGAUUAAAUACCAUCCGGAAGGACCGGAGGGUAAGGAAUACGAAAUUGAUUUCACCCCUCCUUUUAGGCGUAUUUCUAUGCUCAGUUCGCUCGAGGAUAUUCUCAAGGUCAAAUUCCCCGCCCCGGAAACAUUCAACACCGCGGAGACGAACAAGUUUUUGAGCGAAUUAUGCAUCAAACACGAAGUCGAGUGUCCACCGCCACGGACGACCGCCCGACUGCUGGAUAAACUGGUCGGUGAAUUCUUGGAGGAAAAUUGCAUCAACCCGACGUUCAUCUGUGACCACCCGCAAAUCAUGUCCCCGCUGGCCAAGUACCACCGUAGCGCCGCCGGUUUGACCGAACGUUUCGAGCUGUUCAUCAUGAAGAAGGAAAUUUGCAACGCGUACACCGAGUUGAACGAUCCGGCCGUCCAGAGAGAGCGCUUCGAGCAGCAGGCAGCGGACAAGGCCGCCGGUGACGACGAGGCUCAGCUAGUGGAUGAGAAUUUCUGCACGGCACUCGAGUACGGCCUUCCGCCAACCGGCGGCUGGGGUAUGGGUAUCGAUCGAUUGACCAUGUUUCUCACCGAUAACAACAACAUCAAGGAGGUGUUGCUGUUCCCGGCCAUGAAACCGGACGAUCCAAGCCGAAGUCAGCAGCAAGCGGAUGAGGCAGCAGCAGUUGCAGCCGGAGCAGAGACUACCAAGUAGGUGCCGCAUUUUUCCGUGUUGAGCAUGAAUGGUACUAUAGUUAGGAACAACAGUGCGAAGGAUUGUUGGGUGGUCUCAAAUCAAUGAGGAAAAUGCGGAAUAAAUGGUCGCAUUUCGGAACAAA